AAAAGGGUGAUUUAGUAAUGAUUAAAAACGUUGGGCAAUCAAGAAACAAAACGGAAACUGUCAGGGCAUUGUUUGCAAACUGCUCAGUUUUUAAUUUAUCAUGGCGUUUUUUUAAGCAAGUCCGACAAACAACAUUACAUGUAAUUUCAUAAAAUCUUGAUUUCAACCGGCCACCUUCCCUCUCUCUCCCUAGACAGUCCUCGUGGCUAGCCAUAGCUCCCUCCCUCCUACCCAAAGGCGUGGCCUUUUACAGAUCUCUUCGUCAGAAAUCCUGCUGCUGCAACAACCAUGGAGCUAAAAAUCUUCUCUAAAGUUGUUCUCUUCUGUCUUGUUAGUGCAGUCUAUGCACCUCUCUCUUCUUCAAGUUUCAUCUCAGGUUCUUGUGUUUCCCGGCAGUUUUUUGUUUUGGUUGAUCCGUUUCUCGAUCACGUGAUUCGGUUUUAUUCAUGUGUUUCUGCAGAUGGUGUGUUCCAACCUCAGACUUCGGUUACCGGCAGAAACCUCCUUCAGGCCAUGAAACCUUGUCCAGUGAACUUCGAGUUCAUGAACUACACUGUCAUAACAGGCAGAUGCAAAGGUCCAGAGUACCCACCAAAGGAAUGUUGCUCAUCUCUCAAGGAAUUUGCUUGUCCGUUCGCCAAAGUCCUCAACGAUCUGAGCAACGAUUGCGCCAUCGUUAUGUUCAGUUACAUCAGACUACACGGGAAAUACCCUCCCGGCCUCUUCGCCCACGAGUGCAAGGAAAGUAAAGAAGGCCUCGCCUGCCCUGCCCGUCCCCCUGCCCCGGCUUCUCGCAAAAAUGCCGCUGCUCUAACUUCUCCUAGUCUUUGGCUGAUGAUCCCGACUGCGUUCUUGCUGUUCAUCGAGUUGUUCUGAUUGCUCUCAUCUUCCUGAAUUUCCUGUGAAGUUAAAAAACAGAUACCUUUGGACCGCACUUACCCUUGACGAGAGUCUCUCUCCAACUGUUUACCACGCACUGUUACAUUCUUUUGGUCAAAACUUCGAAUUCUUCAUGACUGCAUAUGGCUAUGUGUAUAUCAUCAACACUAUAUUAUUGCUUUACUCUUACUGCAAUUCUCUGUCUUAAGAUUAUUACAUCAGAGCCUAUUCAAGUAAAUAAGAUCAAACCAGAGAAUAUGGUAAAUAAGUACAUGGUGUUUGCUACCAGUGCUUACCAGACAGUGCCAAAAGAGAUUUGUGCAUACUCCAAGAUUCACGUUCUAUGUUACCACAUCUCUGUGUUCUCUAUAACUGUCACUGGAAUACCAAAGUCUAUACCACUACUCCUUACCAUAACAUUACAGGGUUAUUUUGUGAACCCGACACUAUGUAUGCUACAACAUGACAAGUAAUAUAUCUCGGAUUAUUUUGAUGGCUGAGGGAGUACCUAUACACUCUCGGACUGAUUUGAGUAUCCCAUGAUUUUUUUUUUUUGGGGGGGGGGGGGGGAGGGGGA